AGUGGCGUUUCAGUGGUUGGCGUGUUGGCAGUACCGCAAAAACACACGUUUUCUCCCCCUCCCCCCUCGGAGCUGUCAGCCCAGCCAGCCAGCAAAGGACCUGAGUUCUGGCAGUUUCGGCAUGUUGGAAGAAUAAAUUGACCAUAUAGUAUUGACAACCGUUGUCUUCUUUUAAAAUGGCAUUCUCUCCAUGGCGCUUGAAAUUUGCCAACAACCUCCAAUGGAUUGCUUGGGUGCUUUUAUUUUCCCAAAUCUUUAUUCUUGUUCAUUCUGUAGCUAACAAUUUGCAUUUAAUGGAGGGAACAAGUAUACCUGAAGUGCUGGGGUCUGAUGUAUUUUUUGAAAUAAUUGAGCCUGGAGAACUUGGUUAUACUUAUAGAUUAAGGCCAGCUAAAGAUUUUGGUGCUCCAUUUAACGAGAGCUUUCGAGCAAUGGGUGUUGGGCUGAUUCCUGUGGAUCCCCCCAGUGGCUGCAGUUGGCCACGAAAUGCUGAAUUUGUGGAGGGAAACAUCGCCCUAGUUGAAAGAGGGGAAUGUUCAUUUGUAACAAAAGCAUUGAAAAUGGAAGAAGUUGGAGCUCUUGCUGUUAUAGUCGCUGAUAAUGAUAUUAAAGGUGAUGAGCAUUUCAUUGAUAUGGUCGAUGACAACACACUGAGAGAAGUCCACAUACCUGCUGGAUUCAUUCUAGGGAAGAAUGGGCAUAUGAUUCGCAGAACACUGGCCAAACUUCGAAGAAGAAGAGCUAUUAUAAAUAUUCCUAUAAAUUUAACUUAUGUGCCAGUUGUGAAACACAAACAGCCACCAUGGCUUGGCUGGUAACUUUAAAAUUUUUAUCUUUAUAAGUUUCAACAGCAAUGGUGUGAUAAGGGUUGCAAAAGUAGACCUCUCGUUUUUAAUUGUUAGUGGCACUACUUCAAACUAGUCAUUUGUACGUAUUUAAAGUAAGUACCUAUUUGGAAUGAUUAGUAUUUCUCAUGGUGACUGUUAUGUUGUUGAAUUGUUUUAGGUAGUUCAAUUGUACCUGUAAAAAGUCAAAUCAUGCAUCAUCACCGUCCUUAAAUAUUAAACUGCCCUAAUUUUUAGCACUGUUUGUAAAUUUGUACUAUUAAUGGGUUGACUCAUAAGCAGAUGUCAUACUGUUUAAAGCAACAAUCACAAUUAGUAUUAAAACCUCCCAGCACAGUAUUGAUAGAAUGCAUUGAAGGUUUUGACUUUCAAGUAACUCACUUAACUAUGUUUCAAUGAAAUAAAAGUUGUUAUUAGCACUUUUAUCCUUUAUCUUUUUGUUAUGUUUCUCAUGUCUAAUAUGACCACUUUUUCUGAUGCGUCAGUUUGUCUGAAAAAAUUAAUGUGUUCUACUCCCUUGUCAACCCCAUUCUUAUCUCUUUGUUUUAUUUAUUUAUUACGGGUUUAUUGUUUACUUAUAAAUGGCUUUUGCCAGUCUCAUUUAUCAGAUUUUUUUGCUCUCGUGAUCAUUCGUUGUUCCAAUUAAUCUGCUAAUGAGUACAGUAAACAAAUGUCUAUGUUUUCCACCGUCCUCAAUUUCCCUGGCCAGCUACGUACAUGGACAAAUUCUAAAUAGCGAUAAGGCAGUUUUUGUUGGUUUUGUUUCGUAUUUACUGGCUGGAUUUACAGUCCUGAUUUCAAGUGACUAUUGGUAACAGUUUUAUGAGAAGUUUCCUUGUUCGCUGUAACCUACUGUUUUUGUUGAAACCCUAGAAAGUAAAAAAGAAUUGAAUUGUUAACAA